AUGUGCGACGCUCUCCCCUGGGGGGUAGGGUAUGGCCGUCCGGUCGUGCGGCACGGGUUCGCGCGAUGCAGUCUGCGCGAGGCCGCCUCCGGCGGGCGACCAUACCUUACCUUAAAAAGUUGUGUGAAUAUCGACGCGGCGAUCGAGUGCGGCCAGUGCAAGCAGCGGUAUCGGGACCUGCUCUCAAUCGAGCUCAUAGCCGAAGCGGCGCGCGCGCAGCGCGACAACUUUGGCUCCAUCAGCCUCUCGAACGCCCUCGAAAUGGCGCGAGAGUUCGCUGACCAGGGCCACUACGCCGAGGCCGAGGCGCUGCUCGUCCUCAAGAAGGGUGGCGAGUUGGAGGAGGCCGAGCAGUACCGCGAGGCCCUCGCCGCCCGCCGCGACGUCCUCGGCGCCUCGCACGAGGACACCCUCAACUCGACCUUGAACCUCGCGGGUCUGCUCAAGGCGUGGCGUGUGGCGAAGGGCGACAUCUCCGCAGCCGAGCCGCUCUACCGCGAGGUGCUAGCUGCUGCGGUCUACCGUCGGCAGCCGGCACCCUCACGCCCUCAACGCGAUGCAAGGCCUCUCCACUCUGCUCUUCCAGCUCGGCCGCGAGGAGGAGGCGAAAGUCCUCUGCCGCGAGGCACUUGGCAUCGCUCGUGACGUGGUUGGCGUGUACCACCCGCUGUACCAGGAGGCGCGCGCGACGGCCAAGCGGCGACGGCACGAGGUGGCGGCGGAGCUGCAGAAGGUCAAGGAGUCGCGCGAGAAGGGCGAGCGCGAGCGCGAGGCGUGGGAGGCGGAGAAGCGGCAGCUCGACAAGGAGCUGGAGCAGAUGGCGUUUGCAGACAACCAGCGGCGCGAGGACGAGUUCCAGCUGCAGCAGGAGCGCUCGCGCGCGGUGCGGCGCGUCGAGGAGGGGCGCGCGCGCCUCGUCGACCUCCUCACCGCAGGCCUCUCGCUGCUCGAGAGCGACGCCGCGCCGUCCGAGCUGCUGCCGAACGAGGUGCCGGACCCGCUGGCGGUGUUCGAGCACAGCAGCGAGGCGGAGCUGCGCGAGCUGCAGGGCGAGAUCUCGAGGCACUCCGACCUCGACUCGGGCAACGCCGACUUUUGGGCCGCCAUGGGCCUCGUCUGCGACGACGCGCUGCAGGCGUCGUCGGGAGACACGACGGUGACGGCAGAGGUGCGGGGCGAGAUCGACGCGAUGCUGGACGGCAAGUCGCCGGCGGAGCUGGACGAGCUGCAGGGGCAGAUCGUCGAGCUCGCGCGGCAGGACACCAACGCCGACUACUGGGGCGCCGUGCUCGCGCGGCUGCGGCUGGUUCGCGCGCGCGCGGUGCUGAGCGGCGCCACGGUCGGAUGCGGCGGCUCCGGUCCCAUGUCUAAACCCCGGAGGUACUUCAACCGCGUCCACACCGGGUACGAGUGGAACAAGUACAACCAGACGCACUACGACCACGACAACCCGCCGCCAAAGAUGGUGCAGGGGUACAAGUUCAACGUCUUCUACCCCGACCUGAUCGACCGGCGCAAGACGCCGACCUACUCCCUCUCGCCCGACCCGGGCUCGUCGGACACCUGCAUCCUGCGCUUCCACGGCGCACCGCCCUUAGACAUCGCCUUCAAGAUCGUCAACCAGGAGUGGGAGACCAACCACAAGCGCGGCUUCCGCUGCCGCUUCGAGCGGGGCAUCCUGCAGCUCUACUUCAACUUCAAGCGCCACCGCUACCGCCGCUGA